AAUUGUGAGAACGCAUCGUACGGUGGCACAAUCUGUGCUGAACGAAGCGCCAUCCUUUCAGCAGUUUCUAAAGGAUAUCGCAAGUUCAAAGCUAUAGCUGUUGUUACCGAACUCGAAGAACCUGGCAGUCCGUGCGGAAUGUGCAGACAAUUUUUGAUAGAAUUUGGCGAUUGCAGGGUAAAUCGCCCUCGUAAACAGUAG